UCGCUGUCAACAAUAAUGCCAUGUGCAAAGUGCGAAAAGAAACUGUGCAAACUCGCGACACCGGACACAAAGCGUGAUGGAAAUCGAUGCGCAAUAGGAGUCAAUAAACUAGUAGAAAAACGAAUACAAAAGGAUAAGCUGGAACCAAAUAAAAACCAAUGCAAAAACUGCAAAGCAUUCCUACACGUUAAAGGUAAAUACUGCAAUGUAUGUGCCUAUAAACAAGGAAGAUGCCACAUCUGUGGAAAGAAAAUGGUAGAUGUAUCUAAACACCUCAUGUCAGUAGUGUGACAAACAUA